AUGCUGUCGGCGAAAAAUGUGCUCACUCGCGCCGUUCGUCUCACAAAUAGCUCCCGUUUGAGCAGCACUCUUGUGAUUGCUGAGCAUGACGACGCCAAACUUGCACCAAUUACUCUCAACGCCAUCACCGCCGCCAACAAGCUUGGAAAUGAGGUGUCGGUUCUUGUUACUGGUGCGAAUGCAUCAAAAGUUGCCGAGCAGGUCUCCAAAGUCAAUGGAGUUAAGAGAGUUCUUGUUGCUCAGGACGAGAAGCUCAAGAACAACCUUCCAGAGCGCGUCGCGCCGGUCGUCCUGGCCUCGCAGAAGCAGUUCAACUUCACCGCCAUCACCGCCGGCGCGUCGGCGUUCGGACGAAGUGUGAUUCCGAGAUGCGCGGCGAAACUCAACUCGUCGCCGAUCAGCGAUGUCACCGAAGUGCAUUCGGCCGACACGUUCACGCGAACAAUGUACGCCGGCAACGCGGUGACGAAAGUGAAAAGCUCGGCGCUCGUCAAAUUUUUGACGUUCCGAGGAACGGCGUUCGAGCCGGCGAAAGACGGCGGAAGCGGUGCCGUUGAGAAUGCGCCUGCUGCGGACGACGUCAAAACAGAAUUGUCGGAGUUCCUCGGACAAGAAUUGAGCAAAUCGGAGCGUCCCGAUCUCGCGACCGCCAAGAUUGUCGUGUCGGGAGGACGCGGAUUGAAGAGCGGAGAGAACUUCAAGAUUAUCUAUGAGCUCGCUGACAAACUUGGCGCCGGUGUUGGAGCUUCGCGCGCCGCCGUCGACGCCGGCUAUGUGCCGAACGAUAUGCAAGUCGGACAGACGGGAAAAAUUGUCGCACCGGAAUUGUACAUUGCCGUCGGAAUUUCGGGAGCCAUUCAACAUUUGGCCGGAAUGAAGGACUCGAAGGUGAUCGUCGCGAUCAACAAGGAUCCCGACGCGCCGAUCUUCCAGGUUGCCGAUUUCGGCCUCAAAGCUGAUUUGUUCAAAGCGGUUCCCGAAAUGACGGCGGCGCUUCCGUGA